GCUCUAUGGCGGCGGUGGUUGGGCGAUAUUCACUGCACUUCCAGUACACCUAAUGCAACUUUUCACCAACUUCCACCACUGCAAGCCAGACUGCGCCUCCUUUCUGUGUAAAAACUCGCAGUCAGGAGCCACUCCAGACCUGAGGCUGCAGAGGAAACCCUAGCACCCCUGUUUUUUAAAAAAAAAUUACCCUUAUUUUUCUUUUCUUGGCUGUGUGUGUUUGUAAUUUUUUUUCCCUUUUUCCGGCAAGCAGAUGUCGUUGUUUUUGAGCUUUGCAGACAUGGCGCACCUCCAUUUUUGAGCGACUUUGUGCGCUUUUAUUUCUUCUGUGUAUAUCUUUAAAAGCCAGGAUCAAAAGGAAAAGGAGCAAGGCAUGAAUUUUUCCAACUCUUCGACUUUUUGGAGCCUUUGAGAGAAAAAUAAAUCGGUUUCGAUUUCGCUAAGUUUAGUCGGCGGUGCAGAAACUAAGCUUGAGCCUCAGCCCUACAUGGAACAGAGCUUGUCGGAGUGCGACAAUGGUAUUGAGUGCUUAAACAAUGUCGCUGCUGCGUCAGGGCUUUGCAAGUCGACCAGCGGGCAGCUGCUGACUCCGGUGGACUUGCUCGCUCGCUGCGAGUUUGACAGAGCAGAGCUGCGUUCUCUCAGUCCCCAUCCACGUGUAGCCCAGAACAAAACCGAGCCCCCAAAGUUGUCUGGCCCCAGCACCAUGUCCAGCCAGGGCAAAAACACAGAAGACGACGGCUCAGAUCACAGCAAUGCUUCCAGCAACUUAGCUUCUGAAGAAUCCAACCACUCCGCCUCAGGAUCAGAGUCAGGCAGCCAGUCUGAAAGUGAGCAGGGAAGCGAGUCCAACAACAGCAGCUCGGAGUCAUCAGAGUCUCAGUCGGAAUCAGAAAGCGAAUCAGCCGGCUCCAAGCUACAGCAGACUGCCACGGAGAACAAGGACAAACCACUGAGUAAGAAGGAGAGGAUAGCUGAUGUUAAAAAGAUGUGGGAAGAAUAUCCAGAUGUUUAUGGGGUUAGGAGGUCAAACCGCAGCAGACAGGAACCGGCUCGACUUAACGCUGGAGCAGAGCAGGAGAGCAGUGAAAACUCUGAGAAUGAGACUCCAAGGCGGCGAGGAAGGAGGAGAGCCACAAAUUGGAAAAACACAAAAUCCGAGAUUGAGGAGGACGAGGACGAGGAGGAAGACGACGAGGAGGAAGACGAGGAGGAGGAGGAGGAGGAGGAGGAGGAGGAGGAGGAGGAGGAGGCAGCUGGUGCAGAAAGUGAGCCUGUAAGGAAAGUGCGGGCUCGUCGCCCAGUUACCAGAAGACCUAUGCCAAAGACCCGUGGCAAAAGGCAAAAUACACGGCGGGGAAAGAAGAGGAGGCGGGAUUCUUCCGACGAGGAUGAUGAUGAUGAUGACACUCCCAAGCGACAAACGCGCAAGUGUGUGACCAAAAAUGUGAGUUAUAAAGAAGAUGAUGAUUUUGAGACUGAUUCAGAUGAUCUCAUCGAAGUUACAGGAGAGCCAGCCCUGGAGGAGAACGAUGACAGUGAAACAAUCGAGAAAGUGAUGGACUCCCGCAUUGGGAAAAAAGGAGCCGUUGGAGCACGAACCACGGUCUACGCAGUGGAGGCCGAUGGAAAUCCAGGAGCGGACUUUGACCCAGAAAAAGAUGAGACAGAGGUGCAGUAUCUGAUCAAGUGGAAAGGCUGGUCGUACAUCCACAACACCUGGGAGAGCGAGGAAUCACUGAAACAACAGAAAGUGAAGGGGUUAAAGAAACUGGAGAACUUCAUCAAAAAGGAGGAGGAGAUCAACCAGUGGCUGGCCAAAGCAUCCCCAGAAGAUAUUGAAUACUAUAACUGUCAGCAGGAAAUGACUCACGAACUCAAUAAACAAUACCAGAUCGUGGAGAGAGUGAUCGCUAUGAAGACUAGUAAAUCAUCCUCCAGUCACUCUGACUUCCCAUCACAUUCCAGCCACAAAACCUCGUCCUCUGGCCAACCCGACUACCUCUGUAAGUGGAUGGGUCUGCCGUACGUGGACUGCAGCUGGGAGGAUGGCGCACUGAUUUCCAGAAAGUUCCAGGCGUGCAUUGAUGCCUUCCAUAACCGCCACAAUUCCAAAACAAUUCCCUCGAAAGACUGCAAGGUCUUGAAGCAGAGGCCAAGGUUCGUUGCCAUGAAGAAGCAGCCCUCCUAUAUCGGUAGUGAGGGCUUGGAAUUGAGGGAUUAUCAACUUGAGGGUCUGAAUUGGCUCGCUCACUCCUGGUGCAAGUGCAACAGUGUGAUCCUGGCUGAUGAAAUGGGUUUGGGUAAAACAAUCCAGACCAUCUCCUUCCUUUCAAACUUAUUCAACCAGCACAUGCUGUAUGGCCCCUUCCUGCUGGUUGUCCCAUUGUCUACCCUCACCUCCUGGCAGAGAGAGUUCGAAAUCUGGGAGCCCAACAUGAAUGUGGUUGUCUACAUCGGCGAUGUCAUGAGUCGCAAUACGAUCCGGGAAUAUGACUGGAUACACCCGCAGACAAAACGGUUGAAGUUUAAUGUGCUGAUAACAACAUAUGAGAUUUUGCUGAAGGACAAGACUGUUUUGGGGAACAUAAACUGGGCUUUCCUGGGAGUUGAUGAAGCUCAUCGAUUGAAGAACGACGACUCCCUCCUGUACCGGACCCUGAUCGACUUCCGGUCCAACCAUCGGCUGCUGAUAACGGGGACACCGCUGCAGAACUCGCUGAAGGAGCUCUGGUCCCUCCUGCACUUCAUCAUGCCCGAAAAGUUUGAUUCCUGGGAGGACUUUGAGGAAGAGCACGGGAAAGGGCGGGAGAAUGGUUUCCAGAGUCUCCACAGGGUCCUAGAGCCCUUCCUGCUGCGCAGAGUGAAGAAGGAUGUUGAGAAAUCUCUACCUGCCAAAUUGAGCAGAUUUCUGCGGGUGGAGAUGUCAGCCCUCCAGAAGCAGUAUUAUAAGUGGAUAUUGACGAGAAAUUACAAGGCUCUCACCAGGGGGAGCAGGGGGUCUUCAUCGAGCUUCCUUAACAUCAUGAUGGAGCUGAAGAAAUGCUGCAACCACUGCUACUUGGUUAAACCGUGUGAGGAGAAUGAGACUCUAACCAGCCAGGAAGUGUUGCAUAACCUGAUCAAGAGCAGUGGUAAGCUGAUUCUUCUAGAUAAACUAAUGACCAGGCUUCGGGAGCGAGGGAACCGAGUGCUCAUUUUCUCCCAGAUGGUGCGGAUGUUGGAUAUUCUUGCUGAGUACCUGACCAUUAAACACUAUCCCUUCCAGCGUUUAGAUGGGUCUAUAAAAGGGGAAUUAAGAAAACAAGCCUUGGAUCACUUCAACGCAGAAGCAUCUGAGGAUUUCUGCUUCCUCCUGUCCACGAGAGCGGGAGGGCUUGGGAUUAACCUGGCUUCUGCCGACACUGUGAUCAUCUUCGACUCUGACUGGAAUCCUCAGAAUGACCUGCAAGCGCAGGCACGGGCUCACAGGAUAGGCCAAAAGAAACAGGUUAAUAUUUACCGCCUGGUUACGAAAGGGACAGUGGAAGAAGACAUCAUCGAGCGUGCCAAGAAGAAGAUGGUCCUAGAUCAUCUUGUCAUCCAAAGAAUGGACACCACAGGGCGGACAGUGUUGGAUAGCUCAGCCCGUCCUUCACACUCAACGCCGUUUAACAAGGAGGAACUUACAGCGAUCUUGAAGUUCGGAGCUGAGGAGCUGUUCAAGGAGCCGGAAGGGGAGGAAUCUGAGCCGCAGGAAAUGGACAUUGAUGAGAUCCUGAGACUGGCAGAAACGAGAGAGAAUGAGCAGUCCGUGAGUCCAACAGACGAACUGCUCUCCCAGUUCAAGGUAGCUAACUUCACCACAAUGGAGGAGAACGAGCCCGAAGUGGAUGAGAAGCAGACCAAGGAAUGGGAUGACAUCAUCCCGGAGGAGCAGCGGAAGAAGAUUGAAGAGGAGGCACGACAGAAGGAGCUGGAGGAAAUCUACAUGCUUCCACGGAGCAGGAGUUCAACUAAAAAGGCUCGAGCACACGGCAGCGAUUCAGACGCUGGGUCGCGGCGGAGGCGGCAGCGAUCAUCUGGAUCGGAGAGUGAAACAGAGGAGAGCGAAGAUGAAGAGAAGCGCCCCAAGAGAAGAGGCCGGCCUCGAACGGUCCGCAGAGACAUGGUGGAUGGCUUCACCGAUGCUGAAAUCCGGAGGUUUAUCAAGAGUUACAAGAAAUUUGGUGCUCCUCUUGAAAGGCUCGAGGGUAUAGCACGUGACGCAGAGCUUGUAGACAAGUCCAUUGCAGACCUGCAGCGACUGGGUGAACUUAUACACAAUGGCUGUGUGAUGGCUCUCAAGGAGUUUGAGGAACAGCUGAAGGAAAACCCAGGCCUCGAGGGGAAGGGUCCAGGGAAAAAGAGGGGUCCAACCAUCAAGAUUUCGGGUGUCCAGGUCAACGUUAGGUCAAUUCUCAUUCAUGAGGAUGAAUUUGAGGCUCUGCAUAAAGCCAUUCCUCUUGACCCUGAGGAAAGAAAAAAGUACCGCUUGCCCUGUCACGCGAAGGCUGUGCACUUCGACACAGAUUGGGGUGUGGAGGAGGAUUCCAAUUUGCUGAUAGGAAUCUAUGAGUGUGGUUAUAGCAACUGGGAGCAGAUAAAAAUGGACCCAGAACUACAGCUUACCAAUAAGAUUCUCCCUGAUGAUCCCGAUCGCAAGCCACAAGCCAAGCAUCUCCAGUCACGCGCCGACUACCUGAUCAGGCUGCUGAAGAAGGACAUGGUCAAGAAGGCCGGACAGAAACAGGAAGAGGAGUCUAAACCAAAGAAACGGAAGCCAAGGGUGAAGAAGGAGAACAAGGCACCCAGACUGAAGGAUGAGAGCGGCAAUGAUAUCUCCUCCCCUCGACUUUCUGACAAUGCAUCGGAGGAGGAUGGUGAGCUGAAGGAUGGUGGUUUGGACCGAACUCCCAUGAAGAAAAAGCUGAAGAAGAAAGACAAUAAAGAGAACAAGGAGAAGGGUGAAGUGAAGAAGGAAAAGGAUGGGCAGAAAGGGAAAAAGAAGGCCAAGGCCAAGAAAGACAAGAUGAAAUCAGAUGCUAAGGACAAGGUUCGGAAGUCUGUUUCCAAGGGUCCAGUCCACAUUACAGCAGGCAGUGACCCGGUGCCAAUUGGAGAGGAGGGCGAGGAUGAGUUGGACCAGGAGACAUUUAGCAUUUGCAAGGAGAGAAUGAGGCCGGUGAAGAAAGCUCUGAAACAGUUAGACAAGCCAGAAGAUGGACUCUCGGAGAAGGAACAACUGCAGCACACCCGCAGCUGCCUGCUGAAGAUUGGAGACCGGAUUACUGACUGCCUAAAGACCUACACCGAUUCUGAGCACGUGAAGAUCUGGAGGAGAAAUCUCUGGAUUUUUGUCUCCAAGUUCACCGAGUUUGAUGCCCGGAAACUGCACAAACUGUACAAGUUAGCACAGAAAAGGCGGUCCCAGGAAGAGGAGGAACAGAAGAAGAAGGAGAAUAAUUCCGAGAACAAGCGUCAGUUUAAGCCGGAGCCGUCGGGAUCAAGCCGGGACUCCAUGAACUCGCAGUCACACAUGCAGCACGGACCUCAUGGUCCACACCUGCUCCCACCCCACCACCAACAACAGCUGCACCCACACCACCGAGACCCCUACGCCCAGCUCAACAAGAGGCCUUUCAACAAUGCAGAUCGGGGAGACCGCCAGAGGGAUCGGAUGUACAACUACAGUAACAGUAACCAGCACUGGGCAGCUGAACGGCACCACCCGUAUGACCAACAUAGAUACAAGGACCAUCACUUUGGUGAUCGGAGGCCACGUGGAGAUCCCCACAGGAAUUCCGGCAAUUACCGGCCGAACAACAUUCACCGCAAGAGACCGUACAGCCAGUACGGCAAUGAGCGUGACCAUCGAGGUCACCGGGAUUAUUAUGACAGGCGUCAUCAGGACAUGAAACGCCGCAGGUCAGAUGAAUUUAGACCUCAGGACCACCACAGUUUAGGGCACCAACCAGACUUCCGUCGAUUGCCUGAUCACAGAGCUGCUGGACCCUACCACAGCCAAGGACCUUCUGAACACUAUAGACCCUUUCACAUUGAAAAGCCAAUGGAACACAAGACACCCUCAUCAGACCAUCGCUCACCCCUCUCCCAGAAAUCGCCACAUGAUUCGAGAUCCCCCCAUGAGCAUAGGUCCCCUCUGGACCGCUCCCUGGAACACAAGAACACUCCCGACUAUAACUGGAAUGUAAGGAAAACGUAGAGUCCAUUCUGAGGGAAACAGGGAAACUGCUCCACAGUUCUCCAUAUCAUGUUUAAAUGGAACCCUCACAUUAUCCCUUUUCUCACAACACACACACAACCAAGGAGAGACUACUGUGAUAUCAAUGGCAUAACGAAUGUGAAAAAUUCGGGAAGAAUGGGAGAGGUUUCUGCUGCUUGAACAGAGGGACAUUCGCAAUUUGGACAAAGGCCAGUGUCAGCAUCGAUGCAAAAUUGGCGCGGGCUCAUUCUGGAAUCUCAACCAGUCUGGGAGGGGAGGAGAAAUCGGCUUUUGGGAGAUGACAACUCCUGCAUUGCAGGCGAUGAUUUUAUUGUUCUGUUUUUAACAAGAACCCUCUUGAGCAGGCUAUCAGCAGAGAGUGCAUUUCAGAAGGAAAAUGUCCUAUCUCCUGUCAGCUUUGUCUGUUCAUGAUCUCUGCCAAACUACUUCUCUGUUUUAUUCUAAAUGUGCGUGACAAAUGCUCUCUGUGCUCAAUGGUGUUGGGCAGGUCAGUCCUUUUCCUAAAUAGAGUUCCAAAAAUCAAGGGGUGAACUUUUCUCACAGGUCCCUGCUAAUGUAGACGGCAGUACUGGUGUUGAGGUAGAGGGAGCGGUGUGGUGUGCGCUGCUCUGUCUUUCUGGCACUGCCAUAACUUGUCCAAGGAAUACCAAAAAAAAAAGAAGGGAAGCAGCAAGUUCUUAAAUUCUUCCGUAGACGAGGCUUCCGUGCCUCAUUAGAACAGAAAAGCAGUGUGGGCAGGGGUAUCAGCACUUUGUAUUCGGUUGGAAUGCACCUUUUUCUGACGCUUCAACCUGUCAUUAGAAUGUAGUGUCUUUAUUUGUGACAUAAAAGUAUUAGGAUUUUGCCUACACAAAAAUCAGAAGAUCAGUAUCUUGAUUCUAACAGCCAGUCUUCAAUAACCACAAUAUUGAAGUUUUGUACGGCAGUCACUCUACAAUGUAAGCACUUUGUUCCAUUUGCUUCUCUUCACGCUGCCUGUUCCAAGGUUCCUUCCACCUCGGUUUGUGUGGAUCACUUUAAUCCUCACUGUAAAAUAACUUAUUUUUUUACUACUUUGUUCUGACCUGUGUUUGAUAGGAGGGAUUUAAAGAAAUACGUACCUUUUUUUUAAAGAAAAGACUGAGCUGGUGGAGAAAGAGGAUUGAUUAACCUGAACGAAUGGUAGGUUCGUCCUGCAGGGAAAUAUUCUCGAAGUGACUGAUUGUGCCAUACAAUGUAGAGAUUGUCAGUGUUUAAGUUGCAGUGUGUCUCUGCGUUCCUGGACCCAGGAUUCUCCUUAACGUUGUUCCUUUUCAGUGUUUCCAGUCAAGGAGAAAGUGAAGCUUUGCCUCUUUGUGUGCCCUGCAAUCCAUCCGCACCCUUCCCACUCACGUGCCUGCCUCCACCCAUCCACCUCACAGCAGACACACAUCUCUGCCUGGAUUCACAACCACCCACUUACCAACUAAAUCUCUUGCCAACAGUUACGGCUGAGAGCAUUCUUUUUAGUAGGCCAGUCCAAUUUAACUGGAGAGACUGGGUAACUUUGGGGUUUCUGAACAUCUUCGUUUUUAGUUUUCUUUCAAAAGCAGUGUAAUGCUGGAAGCACUUUGCAGGCCAGGCAGCAUCAGUGGAGGUAGAAACACUGAGGGUCAGGGACACAUCAUCGGAAUUGGAAGAAAAAAGAAAAUAAGCAUGCUGUAAGUGAUGGAGAGGAUAAAGCGAAUGUCUGUGAGAGGGUGCACGGCAAGGUUGUCAAGGUAACAGUUCCUUUAUAGAACAAGACCUGUGGACAGAACUGACCAAAGAAAUCGGAAAGGAACAGUAGAGCCACGGGUGAAGAGAAGGACAUAAAUGGUUAACUGAAAUGACUGAAUUCAAUGUUAAGUCCCAAGGGCAGCAACAUACCCAAACAGAGAAUGAGGUGACUUUCCUCUCGUCUGCACUCAAUCACAGACUUCCACUCUGCAGAUUAAAAUGCUUUUAUUUUCUUUCGUGUUCUGAUGCAGGGUCUUGACCCAAGACAUUGUUUCACUCCUGACCUGCUGAGUGUUUCCAUUUUCUGCUUGCUUUUCUCUGAUUUCCAACCUCCACAGUUUUUUUAAGCUCUAAUUGGUUCUCUUUCAAAUGCUUUUAGCUGAUUAAAUAAUUUCUUAUCUGUAUUUUGUUUGGACACUGAUGCACUAACAAGCCCUGGAACCUUAAUUCCUUACUCUCAUUUUACGUUAAGGUGGUGUUGCUCAACGUGCUCCCCUGUUUCCUUGACUUGUGAAGUCCAGCCAACAGGACUAGCCACUCAAAUAGGAAUGAAUAAAUGUAGAAGGUUGAGCAAUCAGAUGCCCUCCCCCAAAUCUCACUGUAAACAUAACAGUACCUCCUCCCCAGAUUGAGUUGGAUUAUAAAACUCCAGCUUGUUUUAAGUGUACAGCUAGUGAAUGCCAAAGUGUGACCUGGUCUGGGUGUCCCCAAGGUUAAGCUUUGACAGUGAACCUGACAGCUGUUGACACAGUAAUUGGAGGAGAGCAAGCACACACAGUACCCACUUGUACCUCACCAUCUUGCAUUUAGUAGGAUUACUACUCACCCUUGUGUUUUCUGCUGCUAACAGUGACCGGCCUGCCACGGUGGAGGAGAUAACCUACACAGCCUGACAAUGUUGAGCGAGAUCACAUUCACAUUUUAGCUUUUGAAUGGUAGGUGUCAAUUAAACUGCACUACACUAUUGGUUAGCGUAACAUCAUUGCAAUACCUUAGCUCCUGCUGGACAAAAAUAUUUAACGAAUGGUUAACAUAAAGUUUGGGUACUCCACGGCUGAAGGAAUGAUGGUCACUUCCGGGUGAGGUGGUCUUCGAGUCCUGGUGAGGUUGUGACCUGUUUUGACCUCUCUCCCCGCCACUGUAUAGUAGGUCCAAUCAAUAAAAUCAGUGUGAGCCUCCUCCUACAAGGUUCUAUGUUUCUCCAUCUCUGUUGCAGACAUAGCCUUUUACAUUUCUCCAGCACGUCAGUCCCGACACGUUGAUUUGGAAUGCGCUCUUCCCCACAUUACCAAUCUCCAUGUUAUACGUUGUGCUGACAGGCCAAAGUGAACCCACUGACCUUAUUGACGGGCCAUUCCUGCCCUGAACCGUGUUACCUGGAGUGCAGUGGUCCUGCAGGAUGUCAAAACACAGGUGCACACCCAUGGUCCUCAGCACAAUAAGUGACCUAUUUCAGUCCUGCCACUUAGUAGUGAACCAGGGACAACCAGAUACAUCUUCCUGGGAUUUGGAGGGCUAACAGUUUCUGCUGUUGUACAGGAAGUGCAGUGAGCUUCCCCCCAAUAUAAUUCCCACAUCAAGUCACAUGCCAGAUAGCACCCCACUCUACCAGGGAAGAAUGGUGGGCAGAGAGACCCAGAGAGGAAUGUGUAUGUGGAAUGCCACAAGUAGAGAAACAAGGGAUACUGAAUCCAAAGGUGUGAAUUGGUGGUGUCUGGUUCUGCUUUAGCCCUGGAUGAACCAGAUGUAUGGGAGUCAAUGUGAACCAGAUGAUGCAUUGUAAAUGAAGAAUGUGUCCGGUAUGUGUGUGUGUGUCAGGGCUAGAAGUUGGAUUGAUUUGUAAUGAUGCUUCAUGACACUCAGUAACUGUUAUUUGCCCGUUUUUCUCAAUACACAAUUGUAAUCAAACUGACUGUAAAGAGACCAAGGAGCUGGAUGGGUGGGGUUCACGCAUGGGGAGACGUGUGGGAUUUUAUGGUCAUAACCAGUCACAGCAGUGCAAAACAGAACCUACUGAUGAACGGGCAGUGGAAGCUCAUAUGAGUGUGGCGUGGACCUUCAUUGACAAAGAGGGGAAGCUGUCCCAGUGGUCACCCGCACAAAAGAAAUCCAGGAGCCCCACAGUCAUUGCUCAGGCAGGGCAGUGACUGUCUCUUGGCUGUGUAGAUCAUGGAUAAAGUGUUCUGUGAGGAAUUUGUAACAAAUAUCAGGAGCUACUGUGCUAGUUCAUGAGAACUGGUGGAGAUUGGGGACGGGGGAAGAACCUUUCCAAAGGUUCUUCUGAAGAAAGCUCCUGCAACUGAUCACUUGAGACAAAACUGGAUUGGCUUGUCCUAGUGUAGAAAGCGCUGUAUGGUCUCGCUGUGAACAUGAACAAGUGAACCUGUGUUUAUUGCUGAGGGUUCUGCAAUGUGCAGUUGGUAUGUUAUUGGUAUCUCACCCUUGUGUUCUCCCAAUCUUCCAUACAACAGUUCUGAGCUGCUGUCACCUUCCAAUGCUGCCUCCGUGUAUCAGACACAAUGUGAAGCUAUUAGAAGAAUAUAUUCCCCAGUUUUACAUUUUUAAGGACAUUUUUUAAUGGUUUUAGCCACAAAUCCUAAAGACAGUAAAAAUGGUGGAGAAUGUCAAUGUGAUGGAAGAGGACAAAAAAAAAUCAGCUGCCAAGUCCCAUGUAUUUUUUUGUUUUGCUGAAAUGGUCGGUACAGUUUCUGUAAAACUUAUGUGGACUUUUUAAAUGACUUUAAAGAAAAGUAAAUAUUAAUUUAUAUUUGUGAAAAGGCCACUGUUAGUGCAUUUUGAUGUAAAUACUUUGUUUAUAGUACGUAUUAAAUUUUCCUACACCUUAA